CAUCCAUUUCUUACCCACUUUAAUAUCCUGUGAUUAAUUGGAUAUGUUUGUAAUUUUGUAUAUAUAUACUGUUUGAUGAAAUGUCUGAUAGGACUCUACACCAAAGUUCAACUUACAUCCAACUACAUAUAAUUGUUUUACGAUACCACCAAGAAUGAUGAUAUGAUUUUCCCAAAGCAUUUUGUUGUUUUGACUUGAUGCAGACUGAUUAAAUAUAGACGACCUUAACAUUCUUGCUGCUCAUGGAAACAGACAUGGAUACUAAGAAGGAAGGUGAUCUGUGCCCGUUGCCAGAUAAGAAGGUCAAAGUUGUUUUCGUUGUAGGAGGUCCUGGCAGUGGAAAAGGCACUCAAUCGGAGAAAAUCGUUCAGCAUUUUGGAUAUACUCAUCUAAGCGUCGGUGAUCUACUUAGAGCAGAAAGCAAAACGGGUUCUGAAAUCGGAUCAGUGAUUCAGAACAUUAUGAAGGAAGGUAAACUCGUUCCUUCAGAUGUAACAGUUAAGCUUCUGCAACGCGCCAUGCAAGAAACUGAUAGCCACAAGUUCCUGAUCGAUGGCUUCCCAAGAAACAUGGAGAACGUUACAACAUUCGAGAACAUUACACAAAUCGAGCCAGAAUGUGUGAUCUUUCUUGAUUGUCCAGAAGAGGAAAUGGAGAGGCGCCUUCUGUCUAGGAAUGAGGGAAGAGCAGACGAUAACAUUGACACAAUAAGGAAACGAUUCAAAGUUUUCCAAGAGUCGACGCUCCCAGCAGUUGAAUAUUAUGCUUCAAAGGGGAAAGUCCACAAGAUUGAUGGCGCAAGGCCUGUGGAGGAGGUUUUUGAAUCGGUUAAAGCGAUUCUUACCCAAACAGAAGAAAGGCGAAACACUAUACCAUAUUUACAGGUUUGAUGUGUUUUCAGACAUUCAGAGCAUGAUGUGUUGUGUCAUAAUUUUCAGCUCCUCACCUUCAGUCAGUCCACUUAGGAUUAGUUACAAGUAAUGGUGUUAAUAAGCUGAUAGCUAUAUCUUGUAAUAUAUCAGUGUACUUCCUUCUACA